GAACCGGUGAAAGGUGACGUAAAAGCGCACGGGGUGGGGCGCGGGGCUCGGGACGUCAAAGCUCUGCGUCCUUCGGCCCCAGGAGCGGAUAGGGACGCACAGCGGCGGCGACAGAAGCGACGGCAGCGGCGACAGCAACCCCUGCUGGGCCGAAACUGGGCAGAGCAGAGCCGACGUCUGAAGCAGCGCGAGUGAAGCGCGAGGGUAGCGCCCGCGUCCGGGAAGACCCCUCGGCGCGAACCGGCGGCCCAGCCCGGGGUCCGGGGCCUCGAGGCCCCGCCUCUAAGGCCUGGGGACUAAUCGGAUUGAGAGCGCGCCGGCCCGGGCGGCGAACUCGCCAAUUGCAGAGGGCGGCAGCCACCGCCCAAUCCGGAGCAGACAGGUGCGAGGUCCGGAAGGCGGAGACCAAUCGGUGGCGGUUGCGACCUGCUGGGGCAGGUCUCGUCCAAUAAGGAGGCUCGAGUGACAUCUUCAGGCGCCAAUCGGGAGUGAGGGAGCAUUCGAGCCCGCUCGCCCUUCCGGCCAGACCUCUAUUUACCAGAGGCGUGCAGCCCGCUUGCCAAUCAGAGCGCGGCUGAGCGGCCCGGCGGCCAACCCCCGAGGAGCGGCUGGCUGGCGUCCGCCGCGCCCAGGAGUUGGGGAUGUCCUACAAACCCAUCGCCCCCGCCCCCAGCAGCACCCCUGGCUCCAGCACCCCUGGGCCGGGCACCCCGGUCCCUACAGGAAGCGUGCCGUCGCCGUCGGGCUCAGUGCCAGGAGCCGCCGCCCCUUUCAGACCGCUGUUUAACGACUUUGGACCGCCUUCCAUGGGCUAUGUGCAGGCGAUGAAGCCACCCGGCGCCCAGGGCUCCCAGAGCACCUACACGGACCUGCUGUCCGUCAUAGAGGAGAUGGGCAAAGAGAUCCGGCCCACCUAUGCUGGCAGCAAGAGUGCCAUGGAGCGCCUGAAGAGAGGUAUCAUCCAUGCCCGGGCCCUAGUCAGAGAGUGCCUGGCAGAGACAGAGCGGAACGCCCGCACGUAACAGGAAGCCUCUCGGCCUCAGCGUCUGGACCUUUCCCGGCCACUGCAGAGCACCCGCUUCUCCCUGGCCAUCAUCCCGAGUUGCACUAACCAUCCUGGGCUUCCUGUCCUGUGUCCUUUGGUGGGUGCCCUCCAGGAACCAAAGGGUGGCUCUCACUCCAGGUGGCAGCACUAAGAACGACCCCCCCCACAACAAGAGUUUAGCAGCGAGGUCCCUGUGAGUCGCGCCCAUGACCUGCCGACAGUGUUGCCCACCGGAACUUUCUGUGGCCCCCACUGCUCAGCCCCUCCCAGCACUUCUCCCACUUCGUCCCGAGCCUCCCUCUCUCCCAGCAGGGGCUCAGGCCUGGCACCUGCUUGCCUUGUGUCCUGGGCCAUAGUGACUCUUUUCUCUGUGUGUCUUUUGCUAAAUAUGCCCUUUUUAUAUUAAUAAAAGAUGAUUUGGAGUUGUGCUGUCA